CCCUCCCAGGGCCCCUCCACACCACACCCAUGGCCUGCUACGACCUCUGCCGCCCCUGCGGACCCACCCCGCUGGCCAACAGCUGCAACGAGCCCUGUGUCAGGCAGUGCCAGGACUCCACCGUCCUCAUCCAGCCCUCCCCCGUCCGCGUCACCUUCCCAGGGCCCAUCAUGACCUCCUUCCCCCAGAGCUCCUUCGUCGGAUCCACCGCAGGGGCUGCCCUGGGCACGGAGCUCAACGUCCAGGGACAGCCCAUCUCCGGCGGCUUUGGGGCCGGAGGCUACGGCCUGGGCUAUGGCCGUGGCUUUGGCUACGGCCUGGGAGGCCUGGGCUGCUACGCCAACAGGGGCUGCUCUGGCAUCUGCUGAGGCCCCAAACAACUGCCCCAACAACAACUACCCAUGACCUGGAAGUCAGCACAAGUAACAGGGAUCCAUCUUCGUGCCCAGGCUCUCCAAUGGGCUCAGCACUUCCAGCUCCUGCUCUCAGGGCUCCAAGCAAGGAAGCACCCAAGGGCCCAGCCCGCACUGCCUGCAAACAUGGCCCAGCUCCCUCCUCCUCUUCUCUCCCUUCCUUCUCUUCAAUGCCCCUUUGGCUCUGGCCAGUCCCCUCUGCUGCAAACACCUUCUCACAAGCCACACACCAUCAGGUACCUCUGCUGGGCUGCUUCCAACAAGGGGAGCAGCAAGACCUGGGGACUCUGCAAAAUCUCCUGCAAGGGAGGGACCUCAGCUGAUGGUCGCCCUUCUUGCACCUCAGACCGGAUCCCUUCCUCUGGCCGCUCCUUUCUUUUUACUCUUUAGUCUCAAUAAAGUUCUCCUGCAUCACAGCCUCUCAUGACUCCUCUUCAUUUGUUCUUCCAGUGGUCUCACAGCAUCACUUGACAAAAAGCCAGGGAUGAGCUGGCCCUGGGCAAGGUGGAACAGGGCCACAGGACCCAUUUAAACAAAUGUGCCACCAGCACUAACACACAGACUGGAGCAGGGUGGGGGCCCUUCCAGAACAUGGGACAAACCCAUCACCUGCUACACCAAAGGCUUCCACACAACACUGCUCUUACCUGUGCACACCACACCAAAGGCACUGUGGUCCAGCACACACUGCACAAACUCUCUUCCCCAGCAGGACUCUUCAGCCCUCCCA